UCUUCCCUGAACUGUUUACCCUGACGUCAGUUUGCAGGACUAGCUCUGCCCUGUCUCCUCACUGUCUCUGAAACUCCACUCAGUGAGAACUGGGGGAGUAGAUGGGCUCGGCUCUAUUACUUGCGCGCCCGGACCUCACGGAGUGAAUGAAAUGAUUUCUCCUGCACAUUUAAAGUGGACUAAAACAGCUACACGAUGAACACCUGCGCCUUUCUGUUGAUUUUGGCUGUUCAGAUCUACGCCGAUGGCAUUGAGGGGCCAACAGCGGCAGGAUGCACUUUCGAAGAGGAUUCAGACCCCAAUCUGUGUGAAUUCACUCAGGGGGAAGAGGAUGACUUUGAUUGGCUGCUGUUUCGGACGUACAGUUCACCUUACGCCAGUUCCGAUCUCCUGCGGGGAUCCUAUAUGCUGGUGAACUCUUCCCAGCAUGCCGUGGGUCAUCGUGCUCAGCUGCUGCUGCAGACGCUGAGUGAAAAUGACACGCACUGCGUCCAGUUCAGCUACUUCCUGUACAGCCGUGAUGGUCACAGUCCAGGGGCCCUGCGGGCGUAUGUGCGAGUCAAUGGCGGUCCGCUCGGCAGUCCAGUGUGGAACACGUCGGGGUCUCAUGCCAAGCAGUGGCACCAGGUUGAGCUGGCUGUCAGCACCUUCUGGCCUAAUGAAUACCAGGUCCUGAUUGAGGCAACAGUUUCCAGGGAGCGGCGAGGCUACAUUGCCAUAGAUGACAUCAUGGUGCUCAACUAUCCCUGCUAUAAGGCGCCACACUUCUCCAGGCUAGGAGAUGAGGAGGUCAAUGCUGGGCAAAAUGCAACUUUCCAGUGUGUUGCUGCUGGAAGGGCGUCAGAGGCUGAGCGGUUCCUGCUGGAGAGACACAAUGGGGACAUUUUAACAACAGCGUCUGUCAAGCACUUGAGUCACCGGCGCUUUGUGGUAUCCUUCCAGCUAGACAGCGUCCAGCGAACAGAUCAAGACCUUUACCGCUGUGUCACUCAGUCCCCGAGGGGCUCCGGGGUCUCAAACUUUGCUGAACUUGUCGUCAAAGUACCUCCAUCCCCCAUUGCGCCACCCCAGCUGCUGCGUGCCGGCUCCACUUACCUGAUCAUCCAGCUCAACACCAACUCUAUCCUGGGAGAUGGCCCCAUUAUCAGAAAGGAGAUUGAGUAUCGUGCCAGCCAGUCUCCGUGGUCAGAGGUGCAUGGAGUCAACAUGGUCACCUAUAAGCUGUGGCACCUGGAUCCAGACACAGAGUACCACAUCAGUGUGCUAUUGACUCGGCCUGGAGAGGGAGGAACUGGCCCUCCUGGACCGCCUCUUGUGAGCAGGACCAAGUGUGCAGAGCCCAUGCGUGCAUUGCGGGGCCUUGUGGCCACAGAUAUCCAGUCCAGGCAGUUGUCCCUGCAGUGGGAGAAUUUGGCGUUCAACUUGACACGCUGCCACACGUACUCAGUGUCCCUGUGCUACCGCUACACCACGGCGGGAGGUGGUGGAGGCCACAACACCACCGUGCGCGAGUGCCUGGCAGUUGAACACAAUGCCUCACGAUUCACGCUGCGUGAUCUGCCACCCUACCACGGCAUCCAUGUCCGUCUGUCACUGGCCAACCCAGAAGGGAAGAAAGAGGGCAGAGAGGUCACCUUUCAGACCGAGGAGGAUAUUCCUGGAGGCAUAGCACCAGAGUCGCUCACCUUCACCCCGCUGGAUGACAUGAUCUUCCUGAAGUGGGAGGAGCCCGUCGAGCCCAAUGGCCUUAUUACCCAGUAUGAGAUCAGUUACCAGAGUAUUGAGUCGUCCGAUCCAGGCAUCAACGUCCCAGGACCUAGAAGAACUGUGUCCAAGCUGAAGAAUGAGACCUACCACAUGUUCUCCAACCUCCACCCCGGGACGACUUACCUAAUCUCCGUUCGAGCCCGCACAGCCAAGGGCUUUGGCCAGACAGCUCUCACUGAAAUCACCACUAACAUCUCAGCUCCCACGUUUGAUUAUGGCGACAUGCCGUCCCCUCUGAGCGAGACAGAAAACACAAUUACUGUCCUGCUGCGCCCCGCCCUAGGCAGAGGGGCACCUGUCAGUACAUACCAGGUGGUGGUUGAAGAGGAGACUGGGAAGAAAGUGAAGAGGGAGCUGGGGAUUCAGGAGUGUUUCCCACUGCCCAUGUCCCACGGUGAGGCGCAGGCUCGGGGAACACCACACUACUACACAGCCGAGCUGCCACCCAGCAGCCUCCCAGAGCCCAGUCCCUUCACUGUGGGCGACAAUCACACUUACAACGGCUACUGGAACAGCCCUUUGGACCCACGCAAGAGCUACCUUGUCUACUUCCAGGCCAUGAGCAACUUCAGAGGGGAAUCCAGAAUAAACUGCAUCCGCAUCGCUCGCAAAGCGGCCUGCAAAGAUCACCGCAAGGCUCUGGAGGUGUCCCAACACUCUGAGGAGAUGGGUCUGAUUCUUGGGGUGUGUGCUGGAGGUCUGGUUGUCCUUAUCCUUCUGCUCGGCGCCGUCAUCAUCAUCAUUAAAAAAGGAAGGGACUACUACUCUUACUAUCCGAAACCAGUGAACAUGAAUAAGACGCCCAUUACCUACCGGCAGGAGAAGAGCCACAUGGGUUCCAUGGAGCGCAGUUUCACAGACCAGAGCACCCUACAGGAGGAUGAAAGAAUGGCUCUUUCCUUCAUGGAUGCACACACCUGCGGCACACGCAGUGAUGCUCGUAGUUCAGUGAAUGAGGCCAGCAGCCUGCUGGGAGGAUCCCCGAGGCACCAGUGUGGACGCAAAGGCUCCCCCUACCACACAGGGCAGCUCCAUCCCGCUGUCCGUGUGGCUGACCUUCUCCAGCACAUCAACCAGAUGAAGACUGCCGAGGGCUAUGGCUUUAAACAGGAAUAUGAGAGUUUCUUUGAUGGCUGGGACUGCACAAAGAAGAAGGACAAGACCAAAGGGAGGCAUGACACCUUGUUGGGAUAUGACCGCCACAGAGUCAAGCUCCACCCUCUCCUGGGAGACCCCAACUCAGACUACAUUAACGCUAACUACAUUGAUAUUCGGAUUAACAGGGAAGGCUACCAUCGAUCCAACCACUUCAUCGCCACUCAGGGACCCAAGCAGGAGACUCUGUAUGAUUUUUGGAGGAUGGUGUGGCAGGAAAAUUGUUUCAGCAUCGUCAUGAUCACUAAGCUGGUGGAGGUUGGCAGGGUGAAAUGCUGUAAAUACUGGCCUGAUGACAGCGAUAUGUACGGUGACAUCAAAAUUACUCUGCUCAAGACAGAGACACUGGCUGAAUAUACAGUUCGCACCUUUGCCUUGGAGAGGAGAGGAUACUCAACCAAGCACGAGGUGCGUCAGUUCCACUUCACAUCCUGGCCUGAGCAUGGGGUGCCCUAUCACGCCACUGGACUGUUGGCCUUUAUAAGAAGAGUGAAAGCCUCUACACCUCCUGACGCUGGCCCUGUGGUGGUCCACUGCAGUGUGGGGGCGGGCCGCACCGGCUGCUACAUUGUGCUGGAUGUCAUGUUGGACAUGGCCGAGUGUGAAGGCGUAGUGGAUAUCUACAACUGUGUCAAAACCCUCUGCUCUCGACGCAUCAACAUGAUCCAGACAGAGGAGCAGUAUAUCUUCAUCCAUGACGCCAUUCUCGAGGCCUGUCUGUGUGGAGAGACGGCCAUCUUGGUGAACGAGUUUGCGGUCACUUACAAAGAGAUGCUGCGAGUGGAUUCCCAGAGUAAUUCCUCUCAGCUGCGGGAGGAGUUUCAGACGCUCAACUCUGUGACUCCCCAUCUGGAUGUGGAAGAGUGCAGCAUUGCUUUGUUGCCCAGAAACCGAGAGAAGAACCGCAGCAUGGAUGUUUUGCCGCCUGAUCGUGCCCUGGCCUUCCUUGUUACGACAGAAGGGGAGAGCAACAACUACAUCAACGCUGCUCUCGCUGACAGUUUCCACCGGCAGGCUGCUUUUAUCGUGACCCCUCACCCUCUGCCAGGGACCACAGCAGACUUUUGGAGGCUGGUCUUUGACUACGGCUGCACAGCAGUGGUCAUGCUCAACCAACUCAACCAGUCAAACUCUGCCUGGCCGUGUGUACAGUACUGGCCAGAGCCUGGUUUACAGCAGUACGGCCCCAUGGAAGUGGAGUUUUUGUCCAUGUCAGCAGACGAGGAUGUCAUUACUCGUCUGUUUCGGGUCAAGAACGUAACGAGGCUCCAAGAAGGCCAGCUGGUGGUGUGUCAGUUCCAGUUUCUGCGCUGGUCGGCAUAUCGCGAUGUUCCUGACUCCAAGAAGGCUUUCCUCAACCUGCUGGCUCAAGUGCACAAGUGGCAGAGGGAGUGUGGAGAAGGACGCACUGUUGUCCACUGCCUUAAUGGUGGUGGACGCAGUGGGACCUUCUGUGCCUGCAACAUUCUCCUCGAGAUGAUCCAGUACCAGAACAUGGUGGACAUCUUCUAUGCUGUCAAAACUCUACGCAAUUGCAAACCCAACAUGGUGGAGUCCCUGGACCAGUAUCGAUUCUGCUAUGACCUUGUCCUGGAAUACUUGGACUGCUUUGAUGGCAGAUAGCAACUAAAUGUUUACCACAGCGGCGGUAUCCUAUGCGCUGGAGAUUCGAUUUUAAGGCCACCCAGUGACCCCUCUACUUUAAUGUUUGGACCUGUGGACUUGGCAUUAAAAGGACUACAAAGGAAGGAAAGGAAAAAAACAACAUGGUCAUGGUUCUAACUUCUAACCUUUAAUGUACAGCUGUGAUUUCCUCCUUGUUGGUGAUGUUUAUCUCUUUUGAUAUUUUUUGUGCUUUUCUUGGUCCUCCUUGCCUCCGGACUAAAGCUCUUUUGUGCUAAGGGUUUCUGUAGCAGCAAAACAAUAUUCUGAGCUACAAAAUGAUGGACCUGUCUAUUCUGAAGAAAGGUCACCUUGGCUGUGUUUCAUCGUAUCAUUCAAACAGCGAGGGGGCUCGAUGAGAUUCCAGAGUUACAGCAGAAUUAUCUAAACGUGGAAGCAUUUCCUUCUCUCUUAAGAGCUACGUAAAACAGCAGUCCACUUUGGUUGUGGCAUGACUUAUCUACCAUACCAUAAACUGCCUUACUCUCUGAUGAUAGGACGGGUUUAUUCAAAUCACUGAAUAAAUCUAAAGGGUUAUCAUACUGGUGUAUAAACAGAAAGGAUAGACCAGCCCAGUGCUCAACAGUAUUGAUGCAGAAACUGUACAGUAGUGCAAUUUGUUGUAUUUUGCCAUAAUGUUUGUGCUGGAUUACCAUGUGUGCUAUAGGUGGAUGUUUCCAGGGACCACAGCACUGGGCCUGGUGCCACCAAGGGAGAUUCCUGUCUCGUUACUGUCACGGUGCCAAUCCCAUUGACUGACUUGAAUCCUCUCUUUACUUUGUUUUACUGCUUCAUCUUGAUAUAUGCCUACAAACAUACAGUAUGUACUGCAUCAGCUAAUGCUCUCGCUGCAAAGUGAUUGUUUGUAUUUUAUACCCAGCGGGAACGAAAAAGGACCAGGGGAAACUGUUAGAAAUGUACUCACAUGCCAUAGUGGUGGUGUGAAAAGUGAUGUUUCAUUAAUGCUGUGGUGUCUAAACCAGUGCUGCGUCACAGGUUUGAGUCUGUAAUCUCCUUUUACUCCUUUGUUGUCUAAGGCACUUGGUUGUACUGUAAACUGUCGAAGCAAGCUAAACCAAUUUUAUCACAACCAUUUCAGGUAGGGGUUCAUUUUGACAAUUUUGACAUGAAUAUUAGUAGUUGUUCCUAGUGGUGUAAAAUAAAUAAAUAUAUAUAAAUAAAAAGGGGCAUUACCAUUGUGCAGAGGGAAAAAAACAGUACUUUGCAUCACCACUGGACAUUUUGGUGUUUUCACAUUGUUGGUCAUUUUUAUUAUCUUAAAGGAAAAAAAAAAAAAAACGUAUUUUAAACUAGAGGAAUAGUAAGAAACAGUGGCCCACAGACCCUGCUGUUUACCUAUCACUGACUUGAUGGACAAACAAAAUCUACUGUUUUUCAUCUUUUCAUCUGCUGGCCAAUGCCUGGAGACCACUGGAACUCUUAAUGCCUGAUUAAAUGGAAGAAACUCAGGCAGGUUGGCAUGUGUGUUACACAUAAUUGAUCUGAGUCAGCUUUGAAAACAUCCCUAAAAAGACCCCCAACACACAAACAGAAAACAAUUCUGUUUUUGUUUUUUUUUCUAGACUCCAUUAUUACCCUUUACAAUAUGUUAUGCUCCGCCAUAUCUCUUUAAACUCCUUUAAGUGCAGGUUUUCAAGGAGGGCGGUAAAGGUUAUCACUCCAGGACCUGCCCUAAUAAACAAGGAGAGACACCUUGAAGCCUGCAUAAACGCAAGAAAUGGCAGCUAGGUGAACUCUACUGCUGCUAGUUUGCAUCUCACAGUCUGUUUCAGGUGGGAGUGCCAGAAUAAGUGAGGAAUCUAACAGUAUACCAACAUCACCAAGCUCCCACAGGUUCACUGAUAGAGCAGCUUGAUUUUAAUGAGGAUGAAGUAAUGAGGUAGCUACAGUGUAGUCAGUGAUCUGACGCAGGAUCGCUGGAGGAAGUGCCUGGACACUUUUUCUCAAGGGUGGAAGGAAUGUGUACAUACAGAUGUAUAUUAUGUUAUGUGAAUACUAUGUGAAUAAUAUACUUUGUUUGCCGAGAGUAAAGACGUACAGUAAGUAACCACUACGUAACCACAAAGUUGAAUGUGCUGUAAAUGACCAUUUUGUGAGUUUAUUGCCAGAACUUUUAACAACUGAGUAUGAACUGAGUCUCCCUGAGUGUUCAUUCCAGCGCUCUGAGUAAAACAGGUCUGUCAAAGCAUGUAUGAAUUCAUUGUCUGCUUUGCAUUUCAUUUAGUUCAUUUCAAAAUAUCUUGAUCCACAUCAUUUAUUUCAGCUGCUGUGUUUUCCAGCAGCCACGACUGUGUGAGUGCAUUGUACUUUUACCAUUCCAAAGCUUUUUAUUACGACUGCUCUCUGUGUGGCGGCGACUGCCCUGAGAGUACCGUUGAUUUCACUUGUGUGUCUCUGUAUUAACCAACGUUACAUGACUACUGUGUUUUUGACCAUUGUAUUUUGUGGGGGCAAGGUGUGUAUUUAAUGAGAGAGACGGAGACGACAGAUGUAUUUUGGGGUUAGGAAGGGGUUUGUUCUGAAGAAAAACAAUCAACAAUAAAAGAACAAGGGGUAAAACAGA